AUGGAUACGGAACAGGAAGACGACAUCGCCAAAGAUGUCUAUACAAGCUCUACUGGUGGUGGAGUUUAUUCGUCCCGCUUGAUGCAUGCUCUCAGUUCUUCACAGCAGGGCCGAAAUCUGCCUUCCAAGGUGGCUGAUAUCGAGAUGACUUCUGUUUCUGAACAGACGGAGGUAGAUGAGAGGGACUUUCGCAAGAAGCAGGUCUUUAGUGGCUGGACAUUGGCAUGGCUUUCCUAUCAAUCUCUUGGUGUCAUCUAUGGUGAUAUUGGCACAAGCCCUCUCUAUGUGUUCUCCUCGACCUUCUCAAACGAACCAAGUCGAGAGGACAUUCUCGGAGCCGUUUCACUUAUUAUUUGGGCACUCACUAUCAUGGUGACUAUCAAAUAUGUCUGCAUUGUACUCAAUGCUGAUGACGAGGGUGAGGGAGGUACUUUCGCUGUGUAUUCUCUGCUUUCCAGAUAUGCUAGAAUUGUCCGGUUUGACCCUCGACAUGCAAAUUUGGUGCCAAUGCGGAGAUUCAACACGAAUGACCUCCAAAAGCCAAACAGAGCGACGCGCAAUAUCAUGGAACGAAGCAGGUUUCUGAAAUGGAUGCUCAAGACAGUCGGAGCAUUUGGAGUAUCGCUACUCCUUGCUGAUGGCAUUCUCACUCCAGCCCAGUCAAUUCUUGGGGCGAUUCAAGGUAUUACUGUUAUCAAUCCUGAUAUCUCCUCGUCGACGGUUGUUGGAGUUUCCUGCGCAAUCUUGGUUGUAACUUUUCUCAUUCAACCCUUUGGCACCAGUAAGAUCGCGAGUGCAUUUGCCCCAAUUGUGAUCGUCUGGUUGCUCUUUAAUUUGACAUUUGGGAUUUACAAUCUGGUCAAGUAUGACGCAUUAAUCCUGAAGGCUUUCUCUCCGUAUUUUGCAGGUUCCUUUUUGGUGCGGAAUGGGAGAAACGGAUGGUUAAGCCUCGGAGGCAUCUUGCUCGCUUUCACGGGCGUUGAAACUCUCUUCGCAGAUCUUGGAGCGUUCAGCCAGAGAGCAAUCCAGAUCUCGUGGCUGUUUUUCGUCUACCCAUGCCUUCUUGUUUCUUACAUUGGACAAGGGGCUCACAUAAGCGUUGUGCCCAGUGCAUAUGCCAAUCCAUUCUUCUUCACUGUCCCUCCUGGCAUGUUGUACCCCAGCCUUGUAGUGGCAAUUUUGGCAUGUAUUGUCGCAAGCCAAGCUGUGAUCACUGGUUCAUUCCAGCUUCUGUCCCAACUUAUGAAAUUGUCUUAUUUACCCCAGAUCAAAAUAUACCAUGUGUCCAAAGUCUUUCACGGACAAGUAUAUAUUCCUCUUGCCAAUUGGUUCAUGAUGAUUGGAACAAUCAUUGUGACGGCUGUAUACAAUAAUACAACUGCCCUUGGCGAGGCUUAUGGAACAUGUGUCAUUCUUGUCUCUUUCCUUACCACUUGCAUGGUUACAGUGGUGGCUCUUAUUGUCUGGAGACUGCCAGCAUAUUUAGUUCUUCCUGUUUUCGUCAUAGUUGCUCUCUGGGAUGGCAUGUUCCUCUCUGCCGCUCUGAUCAAGGUUCCUCAUGGUGCUUGGUUUACGCUUAUGGUGGCUAUUGCCCUCACCUGCAUAUUCAACCUUUGGCGCUAUGGGAAAGAAGAGCAGUGGACUGCAGAGGAAUCGGACAACGUUCCUCUUUCGAAAACUACUAUUCUGCAAAACAACAGCCUUUGCUUGCAGGAUGCCUUCGGUGGUUCGAUCAUUGCUCCAGUCAAAGGUGUGGGGAUUUUCUUCGACAAGGCAGGAAGUUCGGUCCAUACGCCAACAGUCUUCCUCCAUUUUCUUCAGAAAUUUAGUGCCGCGCCUGAGAUAACCGUGUUUCUUCAUCUACGACUUUUAUCAGUUCCCUCGGUCGCACCAAAUGAGAGAUACACUAUUAAUCGCUGUUUCACCGGACCUGGGAAACAGGUGAUUCGGAAUUGUUUCCGAUUAAUAGUGAGGCACGGAUAUACGGACGAGAUCGUCACGGCGGAUCUUGGUAACUUGGUUUUUGAUUUGAUUCGCAGUUACCUGGAAGGUCAGGCCGGUUCUAAUGUGCCAAGCGAUGAGCCAGAAGAAAUGACCGCAUUAUUCCAUGCAUGGAGGACCCAGACAAUAUACAUUGUAGGAAAGGAGCAGCUAAAAGUUCUGCCCACAGCCAACAUUCUUCGUCGAAUCAUUCUCUGGGUAUUUUUGUGGAUGCGGGACUCAAGCAGAACAAAGAUCCAGCAUCUGAACGUUGAGAGUGAUCGACUUGUCGAAAUUGGGUUUGUCAAGACUAUGUGA